UCACACUGUUUUUAAUGUAUCAAUUUUUGAUCCGUAAAUUUUAUAGAAUAAUUUUAAAAUUGAAACAAAAUAAACAGAGUGUGUGUGCUUUAAAAUAAAACACAGUUUCUUUACGGAUACUUAGAUUGUUUGAGCAUUUUUCCUAGCUGAAUUCCCAUUUGUCUUAUUUGGUGUAUACAUAUAUAUGCAUAUGUACAUACUGCAGCAAUGGCAGACAAAUACUCUUCGGAUCUUAUGCGCAUUGUUAUUGCGCAAAUAACCCAAACAAUUGGGUACAGCUCCACACUAAGUGCACCACUGGAACUGUUGCAGGAUAUUUUGCUAAAAUUUAUGCAAGAAUUCGCACGCGAUUUGCAUGGUCAAAUGGAGCACGCAAAUCGGCUUGAGCCAAAUCUGAAGGAUGCACGCCUGACCUUAAAGAGUCUCAGCAUCAAUGUUCAUGAACUUUUGGACUAUAUUGGAAAUGUCGAGCCAGUGGCUUUUUCGCGCGAUGUUGCUGCGUUUCCCAUUAAACGAGCUUCAAAUAUGAAUUUUCUAAAGCCUGGCAGUGCAGAGACCUUGACCCGGCCAAUCUAUAUAUUUGAGUACUUGCCACCAAUGCAGCCAAACGCUGAACCAAGCGAACCACCUUCUACUGCGACUAACAUUAUUCAGGACCCUGACCUUCGAGAUCUUCAAAAUGAGUCUGAAAAGACAUUAGCAACGGAACAGGAAAGUAGCUCGAAAGUCGAUUUUGAUUCGAUCAGUAUGGUAGAAAAACGGGCCUCAAUACCAAUUGAUUCUCAGUCGCAGUCCACGCUAAUAAAUUUUCCGGUGAAUAAUAACUGUGACCCCGAUAGUGGACGGACUGUACGAGAAAUGAGUAGUGUGGUAAUGACAACAGGAGGCUUCAUUUCUCCUGCUAUUGAAGGAAAGCUCCCAGAUGCGUUCGUACCCGAUAUAAUUGAAAAAUAUAAAGGGCUACAUGCCCCGCUAAUGCCUUCCCCAGUUAUCGCUCCGCUGGAAGCUGCAGCUAAAGCGGAUACUUCACUCAAUGAAGAUCAUCGAUAUCUAAACUCAACAUCAUCCAAAUUAAAUGUGAGAGAUCAGCAGCAUAUCGAAAACCGAAACACAGCUAUAGGUAAAAACUUAAAAAAAGAAGGCCAGUUUGCAAUGCCUCAAGAGAACACGAACCCAUCGGUACCAGUCAUGUUGAAUGCCAAAGCAUCUAAGAAAAGUAAGAAACAAAAGCAUUUUUUAUCAAGCCUGUCCGGUUUGGAGAGGAGCAAGGCGGAAGUGAAUGUCCAUGGUGGUAAGGCUCAAGAAAAAGCGCAGCGAAAAGCAAUGAAAAUAUUUCAGAAACUAGCAAAGAGUCAAAAUGACGGCGGGAGUAGUCAACUUUUGCACCUGAAAAAAUCAAAGAAGCGUAUUAAUCGGGGAGCAUUCCCAUCUCUCCCAGACGGAUCUUCGGAAAGAAUAAAAUUGGAAAAGAUCUUAAAGAAACAAGCUAAACAAAGACAAAAACAGUUACAGGGCCGGCAGUCUGAGCUUGAGAGAAAGCCCAUAGAUAUUGCCCCAACCACCUGCGACCAUGCUCAUACUCCACUGACUUCAAAAGCUACAGCGAAAAGUAACGAAGAAACUACUCUCAAAAGUAAUGCUGAUAGUCGGAUAACUGUAGGCGCACAUAUGAAGAAUCAUGAAGAACUUCCAUUAGAAGGACCUGCAUCGGAGGCAGUGGGAACCCUGGGACCGCAAAUAGGACUACCAGCAACAAGGAAGCAUAACAACGAGCCAGAACGUAACAAAUUGGACAUUUUUAAGAAAAUUUCAAAACCAAAAACGCCAAGGUUAGAGGGAUCAGGUCCAUCGGGCACUCUAGGUACGACAGUAAAUCUAUUUGAAAGCACUGCUAGCAGUCCACCAUUGAUUAAUUUACCAUCCGGAACGACCAUAACACCAGCGCCAGCUCUGGGACUCAGUAUAGAACACAUGAAUGUGGGAAGCAGUAUUUCAGCAGUUGCUCAUCAAACGAUACCUAGCUACGGCGUUUUGAUGCCAACUCCACAACCACCAUCAACUCACGAAACUGUUGACCUAUUAAUCAUAGAUUCAGCAAAGCCAAAGAAGCGAGGACGAAAACCAGGUGGAAAAAAUCAAACCAAGAUCAAUCACUCUGCCACUGACACUGCAGCGCAGCUGGUGCCGCAACCUGCAAUGCAAUCAAUGAAAAAGGGCAAGCAAAACAAUAUAAAUUCGCUCUCAGUGUCAUCAUCUGCAUUGCUGAUGAAUCCCAGUUUGGUCCCUAUAAAUAUACCAACGGAGCCCCUUAACUUGAGUAAUGUACCUCAAGGUAAGCUAAAAGAGAAAAAGGAACGAAAGAAAUACAAAACAAAAUAUGACUCUUUAUUGCCCGAUAAUGAGAAGGAAAAGGAAAUAGGUUACAAUGAUCACUCAAUCGAGAAUACCUCCCGGACGAAACCUACUGUACAUGCUACUAAACCCAGUGCUAUUAUUCCUAGUCCUGGCCAAUAUAUGGCGGUCGGCGGGGGUAUGCCACAUUCGUCUUUAUAUCCCAGCAAUCCAACGGGAAUAGUGCCACUGCUACCACUUUUACACUUUCCGCCACGACCAGGUCUGAUACCUUCCGGGCCAGGACUUUUUCCGGCGACGGCUGGUCUGGUCGGGUAUGGAAAUAGCGUUUCCAUGCCACCAUUCAUGCCCUUCUCAGGAACAAGUGGAGCCGUUACUGAUUCCGUUUGCCGUCCAUCCGCUGUUGAUACUAGUGAAACAGAUCAAGUCGGCCAGUUUCUCAGAGUGCCCUCCGCCCAAACUGAUUCUCAGACGGAGCGAAACUAUUGCAAUGUUGCUCCACUGGUUCCAGAGUCCAUGAAGUUUAGUGUAGGUGGAGCAGUAACUGGAGCUACCACGGGGCUGACUAGUGCAGAAGCUGUGUCAAAACUAAAGACGAAAACCUCUACACAGGCUACCGGCAAUCUCGGUGAUCCGAUUGAGGUGUCAGAUGACUCUGAUGAACCAACACAAAAUAAGAAACAAUUAGUUCCAAGGCAAUCCCCGACGAACCUUGGCAGAUCGAACAUGAUACAGCCGCAACUUCUUCCGUAUGCAACAACACCAGCUACAUCCAUAGAUGAUUCUCAAUUGCAUUCAAGGGGCAUACUCCAUCCGCCCGUUUCUCCAAAUUCGUGUGAACCCAUCAAGAAGUUUAAAAAACAAUCGAAGCUUGACCAUUCAGAUGUUAAAAUGUUAGCUAACACAACACCUUCCUGCAAUACCCCCUGUUUUCCCCAAUUUAAUAUGCCCAACUUCAAGGGCGGCGACAAGUUUAGUUUAGCUGGUGGCGCGGAUCUCAUCCCAUUAUCACGGCUGGAAUGCGGUCUGUCGUAUUCUUCUCAAGCAGUUCCCGCCACAAGUUUGUCAGCUGGCGCAACAUCAGGAUCGAGUUCUGGCCUGGUACCCGCACAGCUGAAUAUUUCCGAGGAUCAGAAGUUUAUGCCAAGCUUUUCCAGCUACGAGGAUAUAACAAUUACACCAACCAGCACAUUGCCUAUGGGACAGGGGGCAGAUGAACUAAAUAUGCGAAAACUUCAUAAAAAGCUCAAAAGACCAAAGGAGGGAAAAGUGAAAAAGAAGAAAGACAAAAAGGAUAAAUCCAAGGAAAAGGAAAGAAAUGGCAGUACUAUUCAUAAAAGCGAAAAAAAAAUCAAAGGGCCCGACAAGAAACAAAAGAAGGACAAGAAGAAAGACAAGCAGAUAAUAAACCCUAUCCCGGCUGAUGCAGAAGAUUUCCAAAACAAUCAUCAUCUGCCUGAAUCUAACGAACGUAGCUCUAGUUGCGAAGUCUUUUCUGGGGUAUCUGUAAUGCAAUCCAUUCCAAUCCAAUCAUCACCAGCAUACUCGCCAAUUGCUCCCCACUACACCUCACCAAAAUUGGAGGUUUCCCCAAAUCCUGUCCCAAAACUUACACUGAAACUAGGUGGUAAAUCCACACCGCUACCGUGUGUUGACAAGGAUAGAGACGCACAGGACGCAAGUAUCGUACAACAUUCAACUAUGGGCCAUCCAAGCAAAAGAGAACGCGAACGGGAGGAUUCCCCAGAACUAGCUCGCUUUUCCCCAUUGGUUACUGGGCCACCCAAGGCGAAGCCAUGUGAAACUCCAUUCUCAAGCAUAUCAAGCAAUACGGCAGUGCCUUCAAGCAACUCUAACACGACCAACAGUCCGGUGAAGCCUUUAACUUUAUCUUUGUCUGCCAUGGCGCCCCAGAUGCUGACAAGCCAUCCAACUGCUCCUAAUUCAGGCGGUUGGAUGUCGAAUACUAACAAUAAUGCAAUAGCUUCGUCCACGCUUUCGGCCAGCUCUGUUUUGUUACCACAACAAUUGAUGUUGGCGUCCAAGCCGAUUGUCAAUAACUUUUCUUCAGUAAUGGGAAUAAACGCAGGGACGCUGUUGCCUGUUGAACCCAACCAUUCCCCAGACUGUCCUCCACAAAUAGUGGAAUUAAAUCGCCCGUCAUCGUACGUCGAUGCCGAAGGUAAUCGGAUCUGGAUUUGCCCGGCAUGCGGAAAGGUGGAUGAUGGCUCCGCAAUGAUUGGCUGUGACGGCUGCGACGCUUGGUACCAUUGGACCUGUGUUGGUAUCACUGUUGCUCCGAAGGACAAUGACGAUUGGUUCUGCCGCGUUUGCAUUAUUAAAAAAAAAGUACAUGGCUCAGAGAAGAAAAAGAAGCGAAACAAGAAAAAGUAACUGGGACUUAGUCGCCCUUAGAUUAUAAGAAAAAAAACCCCAUCAAAUCAACAGUUUUAUUGUAUUGUUUAUGUAUAUAUGUUCAAUAAAGAUUUAUUAUGUAGAAAAAAACCAAGCAAUAGAUAUCCGGACAUUGGCCAUUUUUUAUGAGUACACAUGUGUGCCCCCGAAUUUACGAAUAUACGAAAGUAGAGUACAUACAUACCUACAUAUAUGUACAAAUGUUCUACAGAUGAUUUUUUACAAAUUAUAAUUGCACACCGAAACCGAUU